AUGACGCUACUCGACGCUCAUCUGGAGCAGAUCUCAUUGUGCGCCGCAUCCAUUGCCGAGCUCCCAUUUCCUCCACCCAAAAUCUUCACGAACGCCCUACUGCAACCUCACGAUAUCACCGCCCUCAUUCGUGACACCGAGAUACACGAACGCGCACUAUUCUCCGUGCCUGCCCCUCCACCUCCACCCAAAGCACAAGACUCAUCCAGCAACGCGAGCCGGCGACACACCGCUUUUAACGCUAGCGGAAACAGCAGUGUCUUUGGAGGUGGUGGAGUGAACACAGCGCGUGCGCCGAGGCGGAAUACCGCGGUCGCAGCAGUGCUGGGCGGUGAGCUUGUUGAGCGAAUAUGGAGGGGAGGUGGGGGCGGGGUCGGCAGUGGCCUGGGGUAUAGAUCAUUUGAUGGGAGAGACAAAGGCGAGGUAGAUGUGGAUGUCUUGCUGGAGGGCGCGGAGAAGCUGUGCGGCGUAUAUCCCAUACCAGGCGCCGCUGAGAAAAUCCAUUCACUACGGCAAAGACACAGGCGACUUGCUGCCUCUCUUGAGCACUAUGAGAUGCGGAUUGCCGAGCAGUCGGCCCAGUUGAAUCGCAUGAAUCGCUCACACGCUUUCGACGCAGAGGACGACUUGGACGAUGCAGAAGCAACGAAUGCGCAACCAUCUGCACCCGCGGAGAUUGCAUUGAGGCGCGAAGAUUUGCACAAAGAAGAAGAAGAGAUCAGGGAGCUGGAGUGCAGAAAGCGUGAACUGGAAGACAGGGUGAGCUCUAUGGGAAGAGAUUUGUCAGGAGUGCUCCGAUGA